CAACUUGUAUUGUCAAAAUACCACAUAGUUAUUUAUGAUACGCAUCUCUGUUUUCGCUUUUUCUUUUUAAUGGAUUUUCUUCAGGUUCUCGCAAGUUUUUGGAGGUCACCUGAGGUCCUCUCCAGUACUGAUCUCAGUGAUUCUAACUAUCAAAAUUUAACAAAACUUGAAAAAUGGACUGCAAUCUUGGGACUACUCAUGCUGAAAGAGGAUGCUGUUUGCCUUUCAAACACAGGAACGGUGAAUCUGAAAACAGAGAUGGGACAGCUUGCCUCUCAGGUUCCGAUCUGAAUUUUUAAUUUUAAAGAAAGCCUGACUCCUGAAACAUGAAUUUCCUGCUUCUCUCUAUUUUUUUUAGGAGCAUCUGGGAAUUGUCAACAUUGCCGUAAAUAUCCCACUUCUUAAUAAAUAUGAAUUCUAUGUCUCCAGACUAUCACAUCCAUGUAAAAUCUAGAUUGAUUAUGAGCUGAAUGGAACUGCAUUUGCCAUAGACCACUUUUUGAGAGUUACCUGGCCUUCCUCUUGCAGACUAGGCAUCGGUCUGUCAUUUUAUCUUCACUCCUAUUCAGCCAACAACCCAACUUUUUCAAAACCCUCCAGAUUAAUUUUGCAUUUAAUUACUAUCACGUCCUCUCUCUAUAACUUUGCUACUUCUUACUUGUGCACUAUCUUUUCUCAUACUCUGAAAUUCAGAGUGCAAGACCCCUGCUUAGUUCACAAACUUCCUUUGCAAGGUUUUGCAGAAAUGUCUCUUCUAUUGACCAUGAGUAUAUGCACAGAAUGAGCUUCAGUUGUUUGAAAAACAUAACACCAUUGUUCUAGCUUCUGUAAAUCUCUGUUAGCAACCUGGUGGUGUUAUAUGUUCAAUAUGCAUCAUAUUACCCCCCCAAUAUGGUGAAUAUUUUUCACAGGCACUUAUACUCUGUUCACAUUUUGUUUCAAUAUUUUUAUUGCAAACGUAUGUGCAGGCACUGGUCUCUGGAGAUGUAUGCUAUUUAAAGCUUCUUCAUUCAGAGUACUCUGCAAGACUGGCAUGACACAGUACACUGGCUAAACAUAACGUAGGAGAGUGCGGCACAGAUCAACAACCAGAAAACUCUGGAGGAAAAAAAAAAUAUUGUACAAUAAAGACAAUUACUGCAUACAAGUCUGUGCUGCAUGUUUUGCUGAGUAUGUUUGCACAACCCUUCCCUCCCUCAACUGAGAGCAUGGACAGCAAGCCAGGGGGUGGAUGUGACAUACAUACAUACCCCAAGAGGGGCAUGCAUACAAAAACCCCUCCUGCGGCAGAGCCGGUGCAAAAAGAGACUGGGUACAACGGCGCUGGGGGGGCUCCAGGGCAUGGAGCACACCACACGGCUCGGAGAGUAAGGCUGGGGAGAAAGCUCAGUAAGUCAGAGCUCAAGGAAGGGGGGAAACUACGGAGAGGAAAAAGGGGAACGAGCCUGACCUCAGGGGACGGCUGCUCCCCCUCGGAGCCAAGGGGGCAGGGGGUGCCGCCUCCAGGGCACGCACCCCGGCGUGUGAGGGCCGCGGCUGCGCUCCCCAAUGGCGGGAGGGAGAAAAGGGCCGGCGCUCCGCUCCCGCCCUUAUCGGCCCGCCUUCCCCCCCCCCCCCCCCCGCCCCCGCGCCGCGACUGCCCUCAGGGGUGAUGCCGGCAGCGUCGCGGCACCUCCUCCUCCUCCUCCGCCCGCUCCGCAGCUCCACCUUCAGGAUGGGCGACCCGGCCUCCCGCCUGCCGCCGAAGAAAGAAGCGUUCCCCGGCCGCAGCCAGCGCAUCCCGGUGGCAGAUAAACAUCAUGUCAAUGGAAACAGAAUGGUAGCACCUUUCCCAGAGGGAACACAGAUGGCUGUAUUUGGUAUGGGCUGUUUCUGGGGAGCUGAGAGGAAGUUUUGGAGACAGAAGGGAGUCUACUCCACUCAAGUGGGUUACACAGGAGGGUAUACUCCAAAUCCUACCUACAAAGAGGUCUGUUCAGGUAAAACUGGCCACACAGAGGCUGUACGAGUGGUAUAUCAGCCAGAAAACAUCAGCUUUGAGGAACUGCUCAAGGUCUUCUGGGAGAAUCAUGACCCGACACAAGGAAUGCGACAAGGUAAUGACUUAGGCACACAGUACCGCUCGGCCAUCUACACAUUUUCUCAGGAACAGAUGGAAGCUGCCUUGAGGUCUAAGGAAGAAUAUCAAAAGGUAUUGACGAAGGGUGGUUUUGGUCCCAUCACGACAGAAAUCCAGGAGGCUCCAGAGUUUUAUUACGCCGAAGAUUACCAUCAGCAGUACCUCAGCAAGAACCCCGGUGGAUACUGCGGCCUUGGGGGAACUGGGCUUUCCUGCCCGAUUGGGAUCAAGAAAUAACCUUAUUCCACUGCUUCCACUUCAUUUUGGGGAGUUUGAAAAAAGAACAACCACCCUGAUAGGUGUUAGAGUGUGCCUGUGGCAUUGCUGCAUAAAGAUUUGGGAACCUCUUGGGGUGGCUUUCCGUAAUCUGUGCAGUUUCCCGAUCACCAACAUUCAAAGCUGAAGUAGAAGCAGAAAUUGUGCCUGUGGGCAAAUGCAGCUUCUUGCUCUGUGCAGCUCAUGGGGUUUCCUUGCUAUCUUAUAAUCUGGAGAGGAAAUACAUUUCUAAAGGCUUGGCUAGAAAUGCUGUUAAAAGGAUGAAUUAGGAGGUGGUUGCACCUGCUAACUGCUUUGCAUAGCUAAUGCCUUCAGACAUGUUUAUUUUCUUGGGUUAAUGAAUUUUCUUGUGUUGUGAGAUCUUUGACUUCUGGAGACAUGAUUGGGCUCAUUUUAACUAUCACAACCCUAUAAUUUGAUAUCUUUGAGAAUGGUGAAUUGGUAAGAUCAGUAACUCUCUCACAAUUCCACUUUCACAGCAACAUGUAAUAUCACCUAUAGUGUCUAUUUUCUGAAACAAUUUCAGUAAGAAAAAUUCAAAAUUCUAAUGUGAUACUUUUUUUUUGACAGUUCC